AAACCCCAAGACCCCAGUCUUGCGCAUGGUGACCCCGACGUGAUACAGCGCAAGGCACACAGAAGGACGGACAAAGGUCACGGAUCGCCACGUCUUCGGGUGGAACAUUAAUUUGGAAGACCAAUUUGGAAGACCGAGUACGAAGAGUUUAAGACAGCAAUUAUUCGCCGUGCCGUCCCAGUCGCUUCGUGCAGCCCGCCACGUCACUCAGGACUCAGGAGCGACCGCCGACCCGCCGACCCGCCGACGCCGCCAGGUGCCGCAGCCACGGUCCAGCAGGGAAGUGAACCACUCCUUUAUUCCUUUUUUCUUUCCAUACAAUUUUCCUCUCUUCUUGACUAUCAAGCUCUGCCACUCUUACUUUCACUAGGCCAAGCUUUAGUCGCAUUUUUAUUGCCUAUGCUGCGCAAGUGAAUAUCGAUUUUUCAGGCUUUCAUUUCCUUAUUGUUCGAAAUUAUCUAAAUUGCCGAUCGAUCCGCUCGCACAUAUCUGCAUAUUAUAAUCUUUAUUUUAUUAUUUUUUGAGGAGUUUCUUUACAUUAAAAUUAAUUAGCUUCAAGCUAUACAAGCUUACUGAGCUAUUCGCAAUAUUUUUUGCACUAUUAAAUUAAAAGCUAAAGCUGCUUGUCUAUAUUUCAUUAUUAUUUUAUUUCUUAGAGGGCAUUAAGUAUACUCAUCUCAUUUAAUUAUUGAAUAAGCUUGCACUCAUCCCAUCAAUUUAAAGCUGAUAAUCAUAAAUCCCUGCGUAAAUAUUCCAUUGCAAUUUGCAUUAGAUACCUAAACGCUUCGCUUUGCUUGCCAGUGCCGGACCGCGUGACACGGCUCGAGUCCCGUUAUCUGCCGCCAGCGGUUACUACGCACGCGCCCUGCGCCAGCGCCGAGUGAAUGGAAAUAAGGCGGAUUAAUUUACGUAUUUCUUUUAUAUUAUUUUUCUUAAUUUAAAUUUAAUCCUUCCUCCAUUUCUUGUCGAUUUAUAAUUGAUAUAUUUUUGUUCGAAAUAUGACUUCUUACGUAAAUACUAGAUCCUCCAUUAAGGGACGUUUAACUAAAUUUAAGAAUUAUAUCAAUAAUCUUUUCAAUAGCGAUGAUAUUUCUUCGCAAGAAAUGGAUGAACUUUCAUUGAGGUUGGAUCGUUUUCGUGCAUUGUUCAUGCAGUUCGACGAUGUGCAAACGCGCAUCGAAAUUGAGAAUCCAACCUCGAUGGAAGCCGAAAUUGAUGCAAGGGAUGAAAUUGAACAAGAUUUUAUUUCUCUAAUAUAAAUACGAAUAACUGUGAACUAGCAAGUGUAAAGUCCGAAAAAUCAAGCUCAUUGCGGUCAUCAAAGUAACGAAAUCAAUUUUAGAUUACCUUUGAUAAAUAUAGGCAAUUUUGAUGGCUCUUAUUUUAAAUGGCUUGAAUUUCGCGACACCUUUGAAUCACUUAUUCACAAUAACGAGCGUAUCAAGUCCAUACAUAAAUUUCAUUAUUUGAACUCGUACUUAGAAGGUGAAGCAGUUCAAGUUAUAAGCAAUUUAGAGGUUACCGAUUGCAAUUACAUCGUAGCUUGGCGUCUCCUUUGCGAGAGAUAUAACAACAAAAGACAAUUAAUUUUUAACCAUUUAAAUUCUUUGUUUAAUCUGCAACCUAUAGGCCGAGAGUCGGCGAAGUCUUUGCGUUACCUAGUUGAUCAUGUGUCCAAAAAUCUGCGCGCCUUAAAUACAUUGGGGCAGCCCACUGAUCACUGGGAUACUUUAAUUAUACAUAUGGUUUCGGCUAAGCUCGACAAUAAUUCUAAUUUGAAGUGGGAAGAAUUUAAAAAUAGUUCUUUCAACGACGAUAAAAUGCCGUCAUUAUUUGAUUUUAAUAAAUUUUUAAAGGGACGUGCUGACGUUUUAGAAUCAGUACAGCGCAAUAAAUUAGAUAAAUCGUUUAAUAAUAACAAUAGUAAGCGGGAACACUUUGUUUCUCAUAACAAGUCAGACAAGUCCGUAACCAUGAAAACCUUCACAAUUUCAGCCACUCCCGGUGCUUCUUCUUUCCCUCCGGCUUCGUGUUUCUUCUGCAAUGGCGGUCAUCGCAUUUACGACUGUUCGUCGUUCCGGUCCUUGAGCAUCGAGGAUCGAAUCGCCGGCGCCGCUCGAUUGAAGCUCUGCCUCAACUGUCUUAGGGCGGGGCACACCUCACACCGUUGCCGAUCGCGUCCCUGUCGUAUUUGUAAGAAGCGCCACAAUACUUUAUUACAUAGGGAGGUUACUCGGGCUGUAAAUACACAAACUAUGGACUCGCCCCCGCCGUCGCGGUGCGAGUCCGGAGUCGCGUCCAAUCAUAUGGCCGUCUCCUAUUCAACUCAGGUGUUGUUGUUUACAGCGCUCAUUGAUGUUUACAAUCCCGUUAGCAACGACCACGUGACAGCACGGGCGAUGCUAGACUCCGGUAGUAUGACGUCAUUAAUAACUAAUGAAUUAAAACAUAAAUUGCAAUUAACGCCGCAACACAAUUCUGUUGAUGUGAGAGGAGUAGGUAAUAUUUCAUUGUUUAAAACUCCUGAACGUUGCGCCUUGCAAAUUAGGUCUAUACAUGACAAUAAUGUCAAUUUUGAUACAUCGUGUUUAGUUCUGCCUAAUAUUUCCGGUAAUUUGUCGCAUAAAUACAUAGACGUGUCUCAUUUAAAUUUGCCGCGUAACAUCAAACUCGCAGAUCCCAAUUUUAAUCAGCCCGGUCCAAUUGAUAUUUUAAUCGGUGCUGACAUUUUUUGGAAUUUAAUCGGAUCCGAGCAGAUUACGUUAGGCCAGGACAUGCCCGUUAUGCGUAAGUCGAAGUUAGGUUGGUUACUUGCCGGGCCUGUUAGCGCCCAUUCAAGGUCAAGCGACAAUUUAUUUAAUUCAUUUUUGCAAUGCAAUACACUGUGCAUCUUUCACAGUUUUAACGAGUCGCUGACUAAAUUUUGGCAAAACUCAUGUAAGAUAUUUGACCCUUUUGGUAUUUUGUGCUUGCUAACCUUAAUACUAAAAAUAUUAAAUAAAAAAUUAUGGUUUGCAAAAAUUAAAUGGGACGAUUGCGUGCCCUUAAAUUCUCAACUUACAUCAGCUGUUUGCAGAACACUACGUUUCCAGAUAUCUCAAUUAGUCUACUGGGCCGAUUCAUUAACUUUUUCAGGUUCGUUUAAAUCUCGUUAUAGUAAAUUAAAAACAUAUGUGUCAAAUCGCAUUGCUAGUAUUUGUUUUCUUUUACGCAAGUCACGAUGCAACUGACCGCAAUUUGCAAUGAAUAUUAGAAUUGUUAUAAUUAGAAUUAAGGGUUCAUGUUGCCGUUAAUUAUUAAAUUGGGGAAUAAUUUUAUUGAUUUUGACAGAUAUUCGAAACUUACGAUAUUACAGCGCGCGUUCGCUUAUUUAUUACGAUUUAUUCAUAACUGUCACACACAUACAAAUAAUAAACCUAGCGGUGUUCUACAGCCUGAGGAACUUGACGCGUCCUUUAACAUUUGUUUAGGCUGGCACGGUAGGAUAGAUUCCCCAAUGAAUUGAAAAUUCUUCGCGACACCCAUUUUUAUUUAUUAUUUUACACUUUUGAUAUGUGUCAUCCCAUUCUUCUCCAUGCCAAGCACCGGCUAACUAAGUUGUUGUUUCAGCAGGAGCACGUGCGUUUGCUACGUGCUGCGCCUCAGCUGCUAUUAGUUUUUGUGUUCACCUUCAUUAGUGUUUGCGUUGACUUAGCCGGGGCCUUUUUUAUUACUGAUAUGCGUGGGAGGGUAUGUAAAAUAACGAAAUGUUAUUUAUUUAAUUUAUUUAUUUUGUUUAAAUUUUGUCGGAGCAAUAGCUUAACGAUAUUAUAAAGUCAAGUUCAAUUUCAGAAUUUGCUUCAAACGAGGGGAUUAAGUUUGAAUUCGAACCGGCUUUCUCUUCUCGUUCUUUCGGCCUGGUCGAAUCAGGAGUGCGAUGCGCAAAGUUUUAUCUUAAAUUAAUUUUAGGGAAUGCCCAUUUGACAUUUGAAGAGUUGGUAUUUUUCGUUCAGUCAAGUAGAGGCCAUCCUGAACAGCCGACCCUUAUGUCCUUUCUUAUGAUCCCUUAUCUUCCUCUCCAGACGAUUUCCAUCCUUUAAAUCCAGGUCACUUCCUCAUCGGCCGUGCGCUGACGUCACUGCCAUCGCCGAGCUCGGCGGACAUAACCAGAACCGCUUAGAUAGGUUUCAGAGACUCGAAGCAUUCAGGCAGCACUUCUGGCGCCACUGAGACCUCGAGUACAUCGCGGAGCUGCAGCGGCGGACGAAAUGGUGUCUUCCCGUCAGAUGCCUGCAACGAGGCGACCUGGUGGACAAUGUUCCUCCCUUAAACUGGAGGCUCGCAACCAAGCUUUUCCCUGGAGCUGAUUGAUUUUCCCGAGUGGCCGAAAUUGCCACCACCUCCGGCUCCUACAGGCGAGGUGUGAAGUACCUUUGCCCUUUGCUGGAUAACGCAGAAACGGUCUUGGAGCCUGACGUCUCCAACGGCCCCCAGUAUGUCUAGGCAUCCGCCUAGCGGCAGCGACACAGGGACGGCAUCAAGAAACCGGUUUCCCGAACGAGCGCCGUCCCCGCGCCCCUCCUCAGAGCGGAGGCCCCGCUCUCUUUUACCUCGAGCGUCGUACACGACACACGCCACCUAUAGGCGUGCUAUUGUCUUUUUUCACUGAAUAUUUUGUACGAGUAAUUAUUAUCAAAUAUACACAUCGAACCUUUAAA